CCGGAAGUAACAGGCACAUCCUACAUUGUUUGUUCUCGCGAUCGUCAUAGAGCAAAGGCAGUCGGGACAAUAUAAUCGCGCAUUCCCCGAGAACGGGUGGGUUUUGGGAGGCAGCUGCCCGAACUUUAUUGCUGCAAUCUGAGCUCAGUGAGCUGGGCAAUUUUUUGACAGACCCUUCCAAGUUCCUGUCCGCCUCACCCUCUGCACAGCUCUGUCUCGCACGUGUCACAAGCUUCCGCCACUACCAGGAGCAUGCAUUGAAUGCAAUCGCGCUUUCACGAGGAAUUCAUUAGCAGCACAGAGACCUGCACUACAGCGAAAGAAGCGGGCAGAAUGGCCUCCGACAAAGUAGUUGGAGUUCUUGGCGGCGGCCAGCUGGGACGCAUGCUGGUUGAGGCAGCAAACCUGCUCGAGAUCAGAGUCAACUUCCUCGAUGCCCCCGGAUCGAGCGCAAAGCAGGUGGCCAACCACGACGGCCAUGUUGAUGGCUCUUUCAAGGACCGCAGAGCCAUCCAGAAAUUGGCCGCCAAGUCCGACGUCGUGACCGUGGAGAUCGAGCAUGUCGACACAGAAAUGCUCGAAGAGAUUAGCGAAACGGUCGAUGUCCAACCGCACUGGAAAACGCUCCGCAUGAUCCAAGACAAGUACAAUCAGAAGUGGCACCUGAAGAAAAACGGCGUCGCCACCACUGAGAGUCUGUCGCUGGAGGAACCCACCAUCCGAGAGCUUGAGCGUGUCAGUGGCGAGCUUGGCCUGCCGCUGAUGCUGAAGUCGAGAAGAGAUGCAUAUGAUGGCCGAGGAAACUUUGCUAUCAAGACCAAGACCGACUUCCGGCCUGCGCUCGAAGCACUAAGCGUCAACAGAGAUCUUUAUGCUGAGAAAUGGGCAAACUUCAAGAUGGAGCUGGCCGUCAUGGUUGUAAAGACGGCGAAUGAGAUCUUGGCCUUUCCCACUACCGAGACUGUCCACGAAGACUCAAUCUGCAAGCUCACCUACACUCCUGCGCGAGGUGUAGCUCCAGAAGUGAGCAAGAAGGCUCAAGAGCUCGCCAGGCAAGCAGUGGCAUGCUUUGAGGGCAAGGGUGUUUUCGGCGUCGAGAUGUUUCUGCUCCUCGAUGGACAGACUCUGCUCGUCAAUGAAAUUGCUCCUCGACCCCACAACAGCGGCCACUACACCAUCGAAGGCUGUCCAGUCUCUCAGUAUGAAGCGCAUCUCAGAGCCAUCCUUGACCUGCCUCUCCAACAAGAAGACCUGGAGUUGCGAGAGCCAAGCAUCAUGCUCAACAUUCUCGGAGGCGAUGAAGAAGACUCGCAUCGCAAGAUUGCACGAGCAGCUCUGGCGCAAAGAAGAACAAAGCUACACCUCUACGGCAAGGGCAAAUCACGGAAAGGUCGCAAGAUGGGCCACCUCACGGUCUGCGCGCCUAGCAUGUCCCAAGCAGAACGUCUCAUCCAGCCCAUGAUCGAUCUCGUAGACGAAGGCAAACCUCAGACACCAUCAUUCGCCCACUCCCUCUCAUCGGCCACCGAAUCUUCUUCUCUGACAACGAGAGACGGACCAACACCCGAACAACAGCCCCUCAUAGCCGUCAUCAUGGGCUCCGACUCCGACCUCACCGUCCUCCAACCCGGUCUCGCCAUCCUCAACAAAUUCGGCAUCCCGUACACCACUCGCAUCACAUCCGCCCACCGAACUCCAACCUGGAUGGCACACUUCGCCUCCCAAGCCUCACAAACCAGCAUCAAAGUCAUCAUCGCCGCAGCAGGCGGAGCAGCUCAUCUCCCAGGAAUGACCGCAGCUUACACUCCUCUCCCCGUCAUCGGAGUCCCCGUGAAACCCACCAUCGGAGACGGAAUGGACAGUCUUCUCAGCAUCUGCAACAUGCCUCGCGGCGUGCCGGUCGCGACCGUCAGCAUCAACAAUAGCGUCAACGCCGCACUCUUAGCCUCCAGAAUUCUUGGAACCUACGAUAACGGAGUUCGACAGGUUGUGGAGAAAUACAUGGCAGACUCCGAGAAAGAAGUCAUUGUGAAGGAUGAGAAAUUGACGAAGCUUGGUCCUGAUGCUUAUGCCGAACAGGUCUUGAACCACGACUGUCCCCCCACCAUCAUCCAAACCAACCACGUCGCACCCAGCAAACACGUCCGGGGCUCCAAGACCUCAACACCCACCCCCAACUCGACAACCGAAUACAUCAACUACCCCCAACGUCGACCUUCGAGCGCAGUUUCAAGGCUUUCGCGACCACUAUCCAUGUUCAGUCGCAAGGAGAGUCUGGAUGGAAGGGAAUCGCACUCGAGUCAUGGUGGUGGAAGUGGGAUAUAUACUCCUGAAAGGAUCGUGUGAUGUGAUUGAGGAUGUGAUGAGCAUGUCUUGGUUGUCUUGGAAUGCGGGCGGCUGAAUGCUACCCACAUGGGCUAGAGAUUCGGGUCAGGCCAGGCUAAGUUUAUUUUGUGUUGGUGGGUUCAUUCGGGCUGGUAGAAAGGGGGUGGUAUGGUGUGGGUAUGGGUAGUAGAUGGUAGGGCAGUAUCGGUAUUCAUCAUUGGGAAUUGGCUG